AUGAGUGCAAUUAAUCGAAGAAAUAAUGAUCGUGCCCCUUUGGCUCAAGACAAACAAAACUCAGAAAAUCCAAUCAAAACAGGACUGUCAACAUCAAAGUCUCUUGUUUUAGUUGUUAUAAUUUUUAUUUCAUCUCUAAUAGGCUUAGGACUAUUAUAUUCACAAUUUCCUGAAUUAGAAGAACAUGAGAAACAGCAUAUAAAAUUACCUUGGGACCUAGAAGAUGCCAAGCAAUUGGGUCUCGUUUUAGACAGAUACAAAGACAAGUAUUUCUAUGAAGUAUUACUGGGAGUAUUUUUAGUUUAUAUAUUUUUGCAAACAUUUGCAAUUCCUGGUUCAAUAUUCCUGAGUAUAUUAUCAGGAUUUUUGUUCCCUUUUCAUUUAGCACUAAUAUUAGUUUGUUGCUGCUCUGCAAUUGGAGCCAGUUUAUGUUUCUUUUUAUCCAAUCUCUUGGGAAAGAAACUAGUCCGGCGAUUCUUCCCAGAAAGAGCAGCACAAUGGUCGAAGGCUGUUUCAAAACACAAAAAUAACUUGCUCAACUAUAUUAUAUUUUUGAGGGUCACUCCAUUUUUACCAAACUGGUUUAUUAAUAUGUCUGCACCUGUUAUCGGUGUGCCCCUAACACCAUUUGCUUUAGGAACAUUCAUUGGUGUAGCUCCACCGUCUUUUGUAGCAAUACAAGCUGGACAAACUCUCCAUACAUUGACAUCAACAAGUGAUGCUUGGUCGUGGACAUCCAUCACCAUUCUUAGCAUUUUUGCACUUAUCUCUCUAGUCCCAGUACUAUUGAAGCAGAAGCUAAGAGAAAAGUUUGAUUAAACUUAUUUAUUUUAGCUAAUUCAGAAUAGAAAAAUUGAACAUUAUUAUUAAAGGUAUGAUAAAAUAAUAAAUGUUUUAUACAUUCCAAA